CACUACUCACUCUCCCCUCGCAGCGGUCUCACAAAGGUCCUCGCAGCGCGCGCACACUUCCUGCUGCUGCGGGUGUCACGUGACUGCGCGAUGCGAGUGGUAGGAGGAAGUAGUCUGGGUUGAGACCGGAGAGCCGCUGCGAUGAAAAAGUCCAGGAGCUGAGGAGAGCCGGAGCUUUGGACGGCAGAGACACUGGACCUAGAUGUGGGGCUGGUCCGCGGAAGGGAGCACAGACGUAAUACACGUGGAGAGGUUGGAGUAAAUAGCACGGCACCGCGAAGCCGGAUCGGAGUGCAUCUGCGGUCCAGAUGAAGUGCUUUCUGAUUGCCAGUGAGAACGCCGAGGUCCUCUUCUACUGGACUGACCCCGAAUUUCUGCAAAAUGUCCAGUCGCAGUAUGGAGCGUCUCAAGAGGACGGCCAGGGGCUUCCAGCCUUCGAGGACAGCAUCAGCACUCUGUUUGCUCCCAUUAUUAUCUCCUGCAGCACCAUGGUGGACAUGCUGGGGGACAGCUAUGCCUCCUUCACCACAGAAAACAACCAUAUCUACAUCCUACACCAGGUCAUGUUGUGUCCUCCCCAGUUCGACGAGUGUCUCUACAUUGCCGUGAACGGAGACGGCGAGGAGGGAGAGGGUGAUCUACGGAGGAAGAUCUAUGUGAUGAAAAAGAUGAUCGAGGUCCUGUUUGGCAUGGUCACCCUCAGCAGUAGCCUCCUCAGGAAAGAACUGCGUCCUCAGGACACGGAGCAGAGGGCGAGGCUGUGGAAGCUUCUCCAGAGCCUGCUGGAGACCUACAGCCACCUCCGAGAGAACGACCAGAGCUUCCUCGUGGAGGCAGUGGAGAGGCUGAUCCACCCCACGCUGUGUGAGCAGUGCAUCGAGUUCCUGGAACGCCGUUUAGUUCAGCAGCUGAACAGCAGCGUGGAGCGAGCAGGAGAGGAGGUGAUGCACGCCUUCAUCCUGGUUCACACCAAGCUGCUCGCAUUCUACUCCAGCCGCAAUGCGAGCGUGCUCUCCACCUCAGACCUCCUCGUCCUCAUCAUCAUGGCACAGAAUAUGUAUCCUAGCAACACAGACGUGGAUGAUCCAAAUCCUGAGGAUGUUGAGAGUACAUCCGGCUCUGGUCCUGAAAGUUUCUACACGCCAGAGCCCUCCCCGACCGACAGGGACUCGUCCAGUUCAGGAGACAAAGUGAGAGGAAGUAGACCUGUGUUUGAGUUUGUGGACCCAGACGUCCAGAUGGCAGAGGACAGCUUGCGAACUCUGGAAUUUCCUCAGCCUGACCCUUCGACCCCUCGCAGAGUCUUUUUAGAUGUCUCACUCAAAGAUGUCUUGUACCCCAUGAUGCCUCACUCCAUGUACUGUCUGCCUCUGUGGCCUGGCAUCACACUCGUGCUGCUGACAAAGAUUCCCACCAGUGCAGUGGCCAUGUCCGUGUACACGUUUCUGGAGGCUUUUGCCAAACUGGAGAAAAGUUUAAGCGAAGGCCUAGAAGGAUCCGCUGCUACUCGAGGCCAGCGGACGAUCCAUGAAGUCCGUAGCAAGCUUGAUAAGUUCAUCAAAGCGCUCGGGCCGAGCGAGAUACAGUCUAAGCAGUUACAAAUGGACUGGACUGAGUUCAAGAACUUGGCCUUCACCAGAGGAGGUCCUGGGUUCAGCAGGGAUCUCAUUCCAUUGUGUCGGAAGAUGACGACUCAGCUGUGUGGCGUAUACAGACAGUGUUUUCUCCUUCAGUCGGGAUCGAGUGACAUUCCUCAACGUCUCUCCCCCGGUCUGCAGGAACGAGCCCAGACCAUGGUGCGGGAGAAACUGAUGGACUGGAAGGACUUCCUGUUAGUGAAAAGCAAGAGAAAUAUCACCAUGGUGUCGUACCUGGAGGAUUUCCCAGGCCUCAUCCAUUUUAUCUGCGUGGACCGAUCCACCGGCCAAAUGAUUGCGCCAUCGCUCAACUUGACGGAACGCAACACUUCUGAGCUGGGGACGGGACCAUUGGCUCAUUUCAUCAAACGCAAGGUGUGGAGCCUGGUCAACACAACACGCCGUUAUCUCCAGAAGGGUUUCUCGACGGUAACAUUGCGCGACGGAGACUUCUACUUCUGCUACUUCCUCUGGUUUGAGAAUGAAACGGGCUUCAAGUUGGAGGCCGGGGACAUACCCGUCCUUCCUGAUGACUCCGCCCCCAUUGGGAUGCUUGCCUGGGACUACUACAGGAAGCUGCUGCGGUACUACAGCAAGAGCCACCAAGGUGAGGUCGUGAAGUGUUACGAACUGCUCACGGUUCACCUGGGGGUCAUCCCCACCGAGAUCAUCAUCCAGCACUGCAGACAGCUGGCAAUCAAACUGUGGGAGCCUUCACGCAAUCCUCUGCUAUAGACGCAUCCACACACCUAGACUGAGGACACGGUACUCGUUUAUUGUUCCAACAACUGGAGUCUCUCACGCUCUACAGAUAUAUGAUGUCCAGCUUGUGUUUCAUGGUGUACACGUUUAUUUAUAAUCUAAUAAAUACACCUAACGUUGUUCAUUAAGACACUUCAGGUUUAUGAUGAAACACCAACAUGCACUGUUUUGUGUCUUAUAUAAAGUAUAUUUAGAAUGGCUUGAUUUGGGUCAUCUAUUUUCUAAUGACCUGUUUUCUUUUUAUUCGUAAUACUUAAAAUGUUUUGUGUACACUUUUUUUUUUAAACUGCAGCUGAUACACUUUUAGAAUUACAGAUACUGUCCAUUGUUGCCUUUACUACUCUGUGUCUUACCAUGUCGGAAGAAUGCAAUAGUUAUUGUUGUAUGUCUCCAAUAAUUUAGAUUAUUAUGUGGUCACAAUAAAUAUCAGUAUUCUCACAUUAA